CCGGGUUCCAGUCAAUCCCCGCCUCUCCCUGCCCCCCCCCCCCCCGCCUCCGACUGGGACCAUCCCAGUCCCACUUGGGCUCUUGCAGAGGUCAGCCGGAAAAAGAGAAAGGAAGCAACCCAUCGCCGCCCAGCUGCCAUCUCCAGCCCAGGAGACCUGUCCGUACCCCAACCCCCACCUGGGAUGCUUUAAGCCGGACGCCGCCGGCUCGCUCGCCUGCAACCGGCGGCAGAGGCCAUGAGGGGCCAGAAGAAAAUGGACCCGCUCUCCAGGCAGGCAACCCCCGGAAGGUGCCGGGCAGGCUGUUGAAGAUGCCCGGGCGCCCGCGAUUGCUUCAUGAUGUCUUCUUCCAAACUCCAAGAUGCAGAUGAGGUUUUCGAUUUUAAUGAUGUGAUUCCAGAGACCCAGAGGCUGGACAGCAGCUUGCAGAAGGCCCGGGCCCAGCUCUCCGGCAAGGGCAGGCGGCAGCGGCCCUCCCGGUCCCGUUUGAGAGACAGCGUCAGCUCCACAGAGGGAGAGGACAUCCUAGAGAAGAAGGUGGGAGAUAGUUACGGGAGCCCCCUCCACCGCCUGAGGUCUCCACUUCACGGCUCUCUUCAGGCCUCCUCGCCACUCUCCAGUUCUUCACCGUUUGCUCGUGGCACUGAGUUCUCCUUUGACACCUCAGCGGUCCGGAGGACAAUAGAUCAGGAGGAACACUUGUCGUCGCCUCUCAUCCGUUACCGGCCCCUGACCAACACCUCUUCCCAGGAAGCCUUGGGGGGCACCCCCACCAGUUCCUCCCCCAAGUCCUGCCCUAGUUCUGAUAGCUCGCCCAUCUAUGCACGGAGAGAGAGACACAGUGAAGAUGACAGCCGGGAUACAAGUCCUCCAGAGCCUGCCAGCCCCACAAUUGGACUUGACAAGAAAACCAGGAGGAAAUUUCUGGAUUUAGGAGUCACUCUCCGAAGAGCAUCUUCUGGGAAAAGCAGGAAAGAGAAAGGGGGAAAUCGGCUCUCUAUGGGCAACAGGGAGUUGGUGGAGGGCACCAGUCGUUCCUCAGUAUCACCUUUCAUGCCUUUCUCCUGGUUCACAGACAGUGGGAAAGGCUCGGCUUCCUCGGGUAGCACUGCCUCGCCCUCUUCUUCGCCCAAGAAUGAGGCCUUCAGCCACAGGAAAUCUGCUUCACAGGAAUCAACCCUAAGUGAUGACUCCACUCCUCCCAACAGCAGCCCCAAGACCGUGAGCACAGCACCUCCCGAGAGCAAAUGUUCCUACCCCUACCACACGUUGUCCCAGUCAUCUGAUGAGUUUUUGGACGAACCUCUCAGUGCGGCUUCGACGUGGAGCAGGCAGCAAGUGGGUCAGUGGCUGGAGAACUUGAGCCUAGAGCAGUAUGUGGCGGAGUUCGCUGCCCAAGACGUGGAUGGCCAGCAAUUGCUACACCUGGAUGGAGCCAAGCUGAAGGCUCUCGGAGUCAGUAAUUCUCACGACCGGUCUCUUCUCAAACGGAAGCUUAAAGAGCUGAACGCAGCGGUCGAGAAAGAGAGGAAAGCUCAGGAAAAAGUGGAGAAGCAGAAGGAGAAGCAGAAGAAGAAGGAGCAGGAACAGAAGAAGAGUUAGGCCCGCAGGAGAGGGGAUGACUGCUUCCCAGCGCACUUGGCUUACCCCCUGAUUCCCCUCGCCGCCACCCCCCCAAGGGCAUCUCGGGGAGAGCUGGACCAUCUGCAACCAGGAAAGGGGGAACGAGGGGCGGGCAGGGUCCUGCUAAAGGUUACAGGCUUGGGUGGGAUAUGCAGAGAGGCUGAACUUGCUAUGGGACCAGGUAUGGCAGAAAUAUGGCGGCCGAGUCACUGAUAAACCCCCGAGGAAGGAGAAGGGCGAUGCCUCUGCAGACGGCAUUCCUGCAGUGCCUAGGCUAUCCAACUGUGCUUUCAGUGGAUCAGCAAGCCCCCCCUGCUGGCUGCGCUGGUGGGGGUGUAGGGGGGUGGCACCAACCCUGUAACUGUCUCCAGAUAACACCUCCUGACUUUCCUGUCGAUGCCGCCCCCGUACAUGACGCUGUUUGUUCCGGAGGCCUAGAUGUGUUCACGUUCUGUGCCAACUUGGUGUCCGGCCACGCCACCCCGUUCCUGCGAGCCGCUGGGGCACCACAGCUGUCUCACGGACACAAGCCACAGAUACGCUCACGCACACAGACACACGUAACGCACCCCAUCUUCCAAACUGCAGCACACCGAGAAGAGGGCACGGGAGUCCCCCGCACUUCUCCGUCGCCUCUCCGAACGAUUCUGCUUCGGGUCCGAAUGGUUCUCUCCUCCUCGACACCUCUCUGUCUGGAAGGCUUCGCUAGGGGAGGGGGACGGGGGAGGGACCACAGCCCAGAAAGGAGGAAAAAUGAUGCAUGAGAAAGCCCCAGAAGUCUGGUGAUCCUCAAGAACACACCACGGUGGAAUAAAAGCAGCUAUAAAAUGGUU